AUGUCUGACUUGAAGCCACUCCGUCUCGUGAUGGCCUGCGAUGAGGCCGGUGUUCCUUACAAGGAUGCCAUCAAGGCCCUUCUCGAGAAGAACCCUUUGGUCGAGUCCAUCACCGACGUCGGUGUCAACUCUGCUUCCGACAAGACCGCCUAUCCCCACCCCGCUGUCGAGGGUGCCAAGCUCAUCAAGGAUGGCAAGGCUGACCGCGGUCUCUUCAUCUGCGGUACCGGUCUCGGUGUUGCCAUUGCCGCCAACAAGGUGCCCGGUAUCCGCGCCGUCACUGCCCACGAUCCCUUCUCCGUCGAGCGCGCCAUUCUGAGCAACGACGCCCAGGUCCUCUGCAUGGGCCAGCGUGUUAUCGGCAUUGAGCUCGCCAAGAAGCUGGUCGGCGACUGGCUCAAGUACCGCUUCGACCCCAAGAGUGCCUCGGCCGCCAAGGUCCAGGCCAUCUCUGACUAUGAGACCAAGUUCGCCGGCUCUGCUUAA